GCGCCGUGACGUCCAAUGCGGAAGUGAAGGCAAACCGAUCAGUCUCAUCGAAAUCAACUCCUCGCCCGCGUCUGAAGAGUAAUUCACGUAACUGCAUCAUGCUUGGUGGUGGUUUUAAAUCGGAGAGACUUCGUGUCAAUCUCAGACUCGUCAUAAACCGACUGAAACUUCUUGAGAAGAAAAAAACUGAAUUAGCCCAGAAGGCUCGUAAAGAAAUAGCAGACUACCUGUCGGCAGGCAAAGAUGAGCGUGCGAGGAUCAGAGUCGAGCACAUCAUCAGAGAAGAUUACUUGGUGGAGGCCAUGGAGAUCCUGGAGUUAUACUGUGAUCUACUCCUCACCCGCUUUGGCUUAAUACAAUCCAUGAAAGAACUCGACCCUGGUCUACAGGAAGCGGUGUCCACACUCAUCUGGGCUGCCCCACGGUUGCAAGCAGAAAUCCUAGAAUUGAAGAUUGUUUCAGACCAGCUGUGUGCCAAAUACAGCAAAGAGUAUGGAAAGCUUUGCAGGACAAACCAGAUCGGAACAGUUAAUGAUAGGCUUAUGCACAAACUGAGUGUGGAGGCCCCUCCAAAGAUUUUGGUGGAGCGUUACCUCAUUGAGAUCGCUAAAAACUACAACGUCCCCUAUGAACCUGAUGCCAUGGUUCGGCCAGAGGUGUGUACGGGUGAAGAGGCCGAUCUGAUCGAUGUGGACAGUGACUUCAAGAAACCCGGAGGCGGUGGAGGUGGUGGUGGUGGAGGGUUCACAGCCCCAGCAGUAGGCAUGCCUAUGCCCAUGCCAAUGCCAAUGCCCAUGCCCAUGCCCACAGCUUUCAACUACCCAGCACCCAGAGGAGCUGAGCCCUUUAAUGGUCCAGUUGGCACCUAUGAUGCCUUUAGCCACUUCCAGCCCCCAGCGAGAGGAGGGCAGCCCCCACAGCUCCCCAGCUGCCCCCCCACCUAUGAAUCUAUCGAUGAUUUAUCAAUGAAACCCACUUAUCCUCACCAGGUGAUCCCAGGACCAUCCCCAUCUGGUCAGAUCUACGACAACACGAACCUUCCCGAGCUUCCGUCUGUUCCAGACACACUCCCUGCAUCCUCGUUCGGAAGAAACUCCAAUGCGUCAGAAGACAUCGACUUUGACGACCUGUCGAGACGCUUUGAAGAACUCAAGAAGAAGACCUAAUCAUCGAGAACAUCUGGGAGUUGAGACGUCUUCAUAACCCUCAUCUGCCACACAAGACUAAUCCUCAUCAAAGAUAUAAACGUACCCUGUCCGUAAUCACAUGCACACUGUUCUUUUUACUUUUGGUGGAGGUGUAUUAUAAUAUUUGUUGCUUAUCAGAAUGAAGGAUCUGUUGCAGUAUAGAUGCUUGUGAUUGCCAGUGGCAGAAAUUGAAGAAACCCACUUACGAAUUUUACCUACAUGGACUGUUGACACAACGCCACCCUUUUUACGAGCACUUUUGCAUAUGCUUGCUGACAACUACAACUAGUUAGUCAUCUCUAAUGUAUUAUAACUUUAGUGGCAUGUAUGACCACCGUUAAAUGAUUAUAUAUAUACAGUAUAUAUUAAUUGUCACUGUUAUCUGUUAGCUUUCCCAGACUUUUAGGAAACUAUCAAUUGAUAUCAAUUGUAUUAUUUGUUUACAGUAAAUCAAAAAUCUCUA